ACUGUAUAAUCAUCAUUAUCAUCACUUAUCAACAUCUCGUGCGACUACUAUUACUCUAUAUUCUGGAAAUUAUUCAUUCUAGAAAUACGAUAUCCUCACGCAUAGGUACCGUUACCCACCUAGAUGCAAAUGCAAUACUACCAUCACCACAUACAACAAGUCUCUACCACUCUCAGAUCCUCCCUAACAACCACCAUACAACCAAAAUCAAGAUCAAGAUAUUGUCCACAGUCUAUUCGCAUUCUUAUUUUUGUUAGAGUUUCUGACAAAAGAUAUUAACAUCCAUACAUCCAUACACACACACACACACACACACAUAUAUAUAUAUCUCUCUACAUACACAUACCUAUUCAGUGCAUAUACAUACAUAAGAUCUUACACUCUAAUUCAUACAUACAUAUUCACAUAUUUCAACGUCAACACACCGCAUAUCCAUUCGAAUUCUGUGUUUCUCUUCUCUUCUUUUCAUCCUCGAUUUAUUUACCCCAGAGACUAUACGGCACUGAUACUACUGUCUGAUACCUGCUUGUACUAUACUACUGCUGCUGCUACUCCUCCUCCUACAAUCUACCCUUCCUCGUAUCCUACCACACUUUCAAUCUAGAUGUCAGGUUAACGCACAGCACCACAAGCCACUUUGACUUCUCUUGCCCCCGAAACCUAUCAAGAACAAAAUUGGAAUCCCCAUCCAAGCCAAUCAAUCCAUCAAGAUUCAAACCUCAACAACACUUUGACUACCAUAUAGUGUAGUGAUAGUACGGGAUUACCAGGCACGGCACAUACCUUACAUACCGUACAUAUUGCACACACUAUCUCAAGACCAUACAUCUUACCUACCUACCUACCUACCUACCUACCUACUAUCUAUCCAUACAUAAUCUCUUUUACUAGUUAAUUUGUUCAAGGGUUUAUUUUUUUCUUUUCUUUUAUCAUCACUUGUCUUGAAUUCGAUUCAUCCUUUGUUAAAUUCAAAUUCAAAUCCAAAUCCAAAUCAAGUACAACAAAUACAUAUAUCAAUUCUCAUUCUUUAUAAUUUUGUUAUUUAUCUUUCAACCAUCCUUCACAUCCAUCCACCUCUCUCUCCCCUUCAAGAACAAUCAAAAGUCGAGGAUUAACUUAGUCCUCGUUCUUCAUAUUCUCUCUCUCCAUGUAUUCAUCGCUCCCGAGUUCGCCCUGGAACCCAACCACUUCCAUAUCAUCAUCACCCAUGGUACGAGAAAGAAGUGCACCACAAUCAGUCUCACCAAUCUCCCCACAACCAACUACAACCCCAACAUCUCCCACAUCAUCAUCAUCAACCAGAGGUCGUCUCAGAGGUUUAAGUUAUUUGCGAAGUUACACACAAAAUCACUUACUAUCGAGGGAACAUCAUAAUCAAAAUUCUUCAAAUUCAAAUAGUAAUAAUCACCAAAAUUCACGACCCACACUCUCGCACACCUCAAGUUAUCCUACACCUUCAACUCCCUCUCACGCCUCUUCUGCAGCCUCGCCUGCAACUCCUGCAACCGAAAUUCUUCCUCGACAAAUUUCACCCACUGCACGAAGAUCCACCAAUCCCCCCGAAGUAACAUCUGCAGGUGCGAAUAAUCCAGAAAAUCUGGGAUCGACAAGUGGGUGGUUACCGACAGUAGGAGGUCACAGCGGAGUAUCGAGAAUUGCAACUCAGCCACAACCUACUGCGACUGCCUCCUCUUCAGCCGUCUUAUCGGCCAACGAUUCGUCUGCGAUAACCUCUGGUCUCGAGGCGUCGAUGGCAAGAACUAGAUCUGCAGGAACAGGAGGGGCAGCAGAUAUGCCUUUGUUAAAUGACUUGGGAGAAAACGGUUCUCAAUCAACCAGAGAAACCAUGUCACAUCAAUUACCAUCGAUUCGUUUCUCUCCGCAUCAAGAUCCUCGAGCUCAUCGUCCAUCUCUCGUAUUUGGUACCAUGAGUCGAACACUCCCGACAGGAAAGGAAAUUAUAAAAGUUGGUCGAUAUUCCGAAAGAGAUAAUCAACCCCCGCAUGCUACGAAUGUGCCAUCGUUUGCACCCGUUGGAUUCAAGUCAAAAGUGGUUAGCAGACGUCAUUGUGAAUUUUGGUGCACAGGAGGUCGUUGGUAUAUAAAGGAUGUGAAAAGUUCAUCGGGCACAUUUCUCAAUCAUAUACGAUUAAGUUCACCUGGAACAGAAUCAAAACCAUUCCCAGUGAACGAUGGUGAUAUAGUCCAAUUAGGUAUAGAUUUCAAAGGUGGUGAGGAAAUGAUAUUCAGAUGCGUCAAAAUACGAGUGGAACUCAACAAAGGAUGGCAAACUGGUCCUAGCAGUUUCAAUGUGCAAUCUCAUAAGCGCUUACGCGAGCUCAACAACAAUCUCAAGAAACAAGCCUCCGGUGCUUCGAGUAGUUCCUCGCAAGAUUGCUCGAUUUGUCUUGGACCCAUAGCACCCUGCCAAUCUUUAUUUGUCGCGCCAUGUUCUCACACAUGGCAUUACAAAUGUAUACGAGUUGUUAUCAAUGGUCCAGCUUGGCCUCAUUUUAUAUGUCCAAAUUGUCGUACAGUCGCAGAUCUCGAGGCAGAGCUUGAUGAACCAGAUGGAGAUUGGGAGGAAUUAGCCACAUCUGAUGCGGAGGCUGAGGUGGAAGCAAUAUCAGAAGCCGCAACAAAUACAAACAAUCUCCAUGGAACCGAGCCAGCAACCCAGGAAACGGUUAUACCACAGUCGAGUGACCCCACAGGCGCUCCAAUUCUACCAGAGCCGGAAAACCUUGAACCUUUGAAUAUGAAUCAUAUUGAAGAUGAUCUCGACACAAGCGAUGAUUCUAGUACAGGUGCUCUCGCCCACGAAACUAGACUCGAAGAUAUAGCUUUUCUCAACGUCAGCGAUUCACAAGCCAGUUCGGCUGCAGCCACACCGGUUCCUCAAACCAACUUGAGUUCUACAGUAUCACCUCUCGACAUCAUUGCAAGAAAACCAGUCCCCAGUGCCACCUCUAACUCUCGUUCUGAGCGUGGUUCACCAAGUCCAAAUGGGAUGCAUCCUGCAUUAGCAGAUCCUCUCACAGGUGAAGGACCAAUGACACCCAGAAAUGAUGUAGGACCAUUCAUUUUCGAUGGUGGUGCGGGGAGAACAAAUACAAUCAGACUAGCUACUAGAUCUAGCAAUCUAGAUUAUAAUGAAACACCAACAACGGCUCACUCGACACCGCAUUCUGCUCUUUAGUUUUAUUCUCAAAGGAGACAAUCAAUACGAAAUGAUUUGGCCAGGGCAAAAUUUCUGCAUUUUAGCGAAGAAGGAUUCUCUAUGGGCGACCAUAUGAUAUGUCUAAUGGUUUGAUUCAUCACUUUUGUACGGUUACGAUAAUGGAUAAUAAACGACAAAUGAUCUAGGUACAUACUUUCGAAGGAACAACUGAGGGGAAUAAGAUAUCAGUUUGCGUGUUAGGAUGAAUGGUGAUAGGGCGUAUAUUUGGGGGAAUUCAAAGUCACUUGAGAAAUGGAGUGGGGUGGAGUUAAUUGCUUCUUAUAUGAGCUGGUUGGUUGGGAAUGUGUUAUUGAUAGAGGAGAAGUGGGUAGGGGUAGGAGGAAGCGAAUGCGCUAAAUACGUACGCACUUGCAUUUAUAUUUAUAUAUGCUGUUGGGAAUACCUAGGAAUAGGAAGAGCGAAACGGAGGGAAUCAGAACCGAGUAAACUCGGAGCAGCUAGUAUAGUAGCGAGAGUAGAUAUAUCUCGCUUGGGGAGAUGAGCGCAUCGGGGAUACCUAGGAAUAUGAAUUGGGGUUUAUGCUCUUUGAUAUUUGAUGUUCGGUGUGAUGUUUGGUGUGUGAUAUUUGAUGUUACUUUAUGCUUAAGAUGCAGAUUUAGAUUCAGAGUAUAUCCGAAUUGAAUUGGAUAAUAUUGAGUGAUUACUUUCCUGUUA